CAUCACUAUGCCGAGCCAUGCCGGUGAGUGACCCAGCUGGGGCGGACAGAGAGGUCAUGGACGUGCUGACAAUGUCGAGGCAAUGUCCGCAGAAACUCUUCGAUCUCUGUGUGGAGGAGAAUCAGUUCUACAGUCUUUGUGCCCACGUCGGUGAGCCAGACCGGAAGAAUGGCGACCAUAACGCGUGCUCAUGGCUGUCCAAGAAGGCUUGGAAGGAGGCCAUCAAAGACUCAGCUGAGAUCGUGGAGAAUCUUCUCAACCAUUAUGGGGAAUGGCCGCAGUGCAAGCUCUGUCCCCAGGGCCAGGGUUUUGCCCAGCACCUUCCGGCCGAAAAACAUUGGAAGAGACUCUGGGACUUUCUCCCUACCGGCAAACCCAUUGUACACUGUGCGAAUGAAUUGUGGCAGGAGUGGAUGGUGGGUCCUGGCAAAAUCAAGAUCAAUCACGUCCACGGCCAAGUGUUUAUUUGCCGGGGGAGGACUCCGAAAAGCGCCAGGGGCCCACCCCUUCCGAAGGUGAGUGCUUCAUUUCCUGUGCAAUCACCUGCGCCGGUCCAAAUGCCGCCGGCGACUGCUGCGCCAGCACCCCGGAGCCAGGGAUUCCCUGGUGCCUGUGGCUUUCCGGCCAACUCCUCCGCACCUGCUGCGCCUGCUGCGGCGUCCCAAAGCCACGGAUUUCCCAGUGCGAGCUAUGGCUUUCCAGGAUCUGGGCCUUCAGAGGUCUCUUUUGCUCCUGACCGGAACUUUGGAUCUGGGCCUUCAGAGGUCUCUUUUGCUCCUGACCGGAACUUUGGAUCUGGGCCUUCAGAGGUCUCUUUUGCUCCUGACCGGAACUUUGCUGCGCAGCCGGCCACGCAGCCGGCCACGCAGCCACCACCAGCGAUGCCGGCGCCGGCGCCAGCGAUGCCGGCGCCGCUGCCGGCCAUCGGGGUGGAGUCGCCCGAGCAGUUGACGCAGACAGGUGUUUGGUUCAUGGUUCAACCUCCAUGCAGCGAAGCUACUCAAACCCGAGGUGAUUUCUGGGCGUAUGCCCACCUCAACAGCAAACAAAACUUCAAGCAGAGAAUGACGGACCGAGCGGUCACCUUGAUUCGAAUCCUCGCGCCGCACGGGGGGUAUCCGCAGUGCACCCUGUGUGACCGGCAUCGGGGCUACGAUGAGCAUUUGGGGGCUCAGAAGCACUGGAAAGCCUUGCACCCCGCACACAUCCGCGAGGGCGUGUGCGUUGAAGACGUGAAAGAUCGCCUUUGGAACGUGAACAUGAUCCGUGGAGGAUAUGUGCGGCUGAAUGAGCUAACGGGAGAGAUCCAGAUGUCCAAGGGCGAGCCUGGUGCAUUUGGUGCCCAAAUGGGACAACCUGAUGGUCGUGGCCCCAGUGCACCUCCCACAACGGUGCCCCCGCCCGUGAAUUCUGCGGCGAACCUCUGGAGUAGCUACAGACCCACCUCGUCCCCGGCACCUGCAGCGCCUGCAGCACCUGCAGCACCUGCAGCACCUGCAGCGCCUGCAGCACCUGCAGCGCCUGCAGCACCUGCAGCACCUGCAGCACCUGCAGCACCUGCAGCACCCGCAGCACCUGCAGCACCUGCAGCGGCAGCUGCAUCCUCUUCCGUGGAUGGGAACAACAUGAAGUAUAUCGCUCAUCGACUCUUGCAAUCCAAGUCACAGGCGCUGCAGGACAUGCUGAUAGAGCACCGAGUCAAGGGUGAAGAGUACAGGUGCUGUGUAUGCCAUGUCGCCGUGCGGGUCAGCGAGACCGCGGCACACUUUGCCGGCGAAGCGCAUCUGAUGGCGCUGGAGAGGUUUCCGUGGGCCGAGCAGAUCUUUGAAGCGCAGAAGUCGCCGCUGAAGCUGCGACAUGUGGACCUGACCCUGGAAGUUCUCAAGGAGGGAAGCACUGGAGGUCAAAGUGAAUGCAUUUGAGCCCAGUGGAAACAUGACGGCCUCUUUAAAAGAUACGUGUUCGCUGGGUGCAGAUCCAUCCAAAUUUCAUGGCUGGAUUCGCAUACUGCCUUGAAGAAACACCUGGGCAUGGCUCAAAACGUAGCACC